AAGCAAACAAAUUACUAGCAAACGCAAAGCAAAAAAAUGCAAUUCAAAUUUUGCGGCGACGUGUUUCAACUUGUUGCAUUUAGCGUUUUGUUAUUGCACCAUAAAAUGACGUUCAAGGUACUGACAAAUCAAUGUAAUAAAAACUUGUAAGAAUAUUUUUUAUAAUUUCUUCUACUUAGGCCUUUACCUAAUACAAAAGAGAAAAAUGUAACCAUUAGAGAUAUGUACACUACGUACCUACUCGUGAAUAUUUCCAUUUUUUUUAAUUCACGAGAAAACAAAACGUUUUAAAGAUAGUGGGAGACGGGAGUCUUUAUUUGACGUCUAUUUUCCUUUUCAUUCUGUAAUCAGUGACCUUCAAUAAAUUUGUUGUUUGUUUGAUUUUAUAAUGUAACUCAAUACUAAUAGAGUUUAAUAUUGUAUGUAUUUUUAUUAUUACUUGUCCUAUAUCAUGUUUGUUUAUAAAUAUGAAAUAGAAAUUGAUAAGCAAUUAAGCAUUCAUUCUCAUUGAUAAGUGAACGACUGAUCACCAUUGAUCACUUUGUUUUGCAAUAUUUAGAGUUUAUAUUAAAAGUAAGCGAAUUUUUAUAUAUUUUUUAAUAAAAUGGCCAAAAAUAUCAUAUGUGAUCUUAUCCAAAUAUUUAGGAGCAGUGUAUCAGCUGUUUUGCCCGAGAAUCUUAUUCAAAAAUCUAUUUCGUACAUUUCUCCUACACAGCAGUUAACUAUUGCAGGCCGAAAUUAUAACUUAAAAGACAAACAUGUCUAUGUCGUUGGAUUUGGGAAAGCUGUUAAAAAUAUGGCAAUAGAAGUUGAAAAAACUUUAGGUUCAAAAAUUAAACAGGGUAUCAUAAGCAUUCCUUUCGGUAGUUUAGAUCAUAAAACAGCCUAUGAUAAUAUAGCCUACUGUGAGGGUGCAGAAAACAAUUUACCGGAUGUAAAUGCUUUGGAAACAGCAAAAAAAAUCAAAGACUUAACUACAAAAUUAACACAAGAUGACUUUUUGUUAGUUCUCCUGUCUGGUGGUGGUUCUGCUUUGCUACCAAUGCCAAAAAAUCCCAUCACUUUAGAUGAAAAACUAAGUUUGAUUAAAAAAUUGGCAAAUUGUGGUGCAGAUAUCAAAGAAUUGAAUACAGUAAGAAAAAGUAUAUCUGAUGUGAAAGGAGGACAACUAGCUAUAUGUGCACAACCUGCUAAAGUUGCAACAUUGAUCCUUUCUGAUAUUGUUGGUGAUCCUUUAGACUUAAUAGCAAGUGGACCAACUACCAAAAAUGAAGAUAGUAACACAAAAGCCCUAAAUAUAAUUAAUAAAUAUAAAUUAUACAAUGAACUGCCUAAAUCAAUAAAAAUAGUAUUAGAAGAUGAAAAAGAUUUAAAAGAGUUUCCUACAGAUAAUGUACAAAAUGAAAUUAUAGGCUCUAAUACACUAAGCACUGAAGCUGCUAGUAUAGAAGCAAUAAAGCUAAACUAUUUUCCCAUUGUACUAUCUAAUAUAGUUACUGGAAAUGUCAUUGACUUAGCAGAGAAAUAUGCAGAAUUAGUAAAAAUAUUUGUGACAUUUAAAAAGAGUGAUAUAAAUUAUGAUCAAUUAAAAAGUGAAUUGAGCACAUUGAAAAUACCAGGUUUAGUUUUAAGUAAAACUAUUCAAGAGAAUGAUAUAAAAACUAAAAAUUUGUGUUUAAUACUUGGAGGAGAAACCACUGUAGAAGUAAAAGGUAGUGGAAAAGGUGGAAGGAAUCAACAACUAAGUUUGGAGUUUUCAAAAGAAAUAAACAAUUUGAAAAAUCAAUUUAAGGAUUAUGAAAUAUAUUUUCUAAGUGCUGGAACAGAUGGAAUAGAUGGGCCUACAGAUGUUGCUGGAGCUAUUGGCUAUCUAAAUCUGAUUGCAGACAGUAUAGAAUCGAAUAUAGAUGUUGAUAACUACAUUGAAAACAAUGAUUCUUAUAAUUUUUACAAACUAUUCAAUAAUGGGGAGUUACAUGUCAUUACAGGGCAUACAAACACUAAUGUAAUGGAUAUACAUUUAAUUGUAAUAAAAAAUACAUAA